UGCGAAGAGAAUAUUCGACUGUAAUUGAUCAAUUCUUAUGGCUUAUGACUUAUGAUACCGACUAAUAGCUUAUUGUAGAAAGUCUAUUAACGGUUCAUUGCUUCAUAUGUACGACUCAUCGCCGUUUUUCUUUAACCAGUGAAUUGUAAGGUUAUCCUCGUUGUACACAGUAACCGCCCAAGUUCCGUAUACGUGCCGUGCGUGGUAUAAAAUAUGUACAAAAUUGUUUUGAUUACAUCUGCUUGAUUCAAUCGAAGGCUCAUCACGUUUUGCAUAUAGUGUGCAAUGCAAAAGUAUUCCUAUAUCGUACACUAAAAAAAGAAAUAAUGGAAGAAUUUUCUGGUAAAAAGGCAAAUAACCGUCUUUAUGUGUUCAGUGGAUAUAUGUAUAAUAGGGACAAUCGGUAUGAAUAUAUUUAUCGAUGUAGUAGGAGACGUUAUUUUAAAUGCAAAGGAUGUCUGCAACAAGAUGGUGAAAUGUACACUCUCGUUACCGAACAUGAUCACCCACCAGAUGCAGCAUUAUGUGAAAAAUUGAAAAUGAAGCAAGAAAUGAUAAAAAUGUGUAAAAAUAGAUAUACAAAUAACAAAGACUUUUUGAUACUAUAUCACGACGUUAUCCUACAGCAGCUACAUCAGUAACAUAUAAUACUAUGCGAUCAUCUCUUUAUCGUGAAAAAAUCAAAUAUAAACCACUGUUGCCUGUAAAUUUUUUGGGUUUACAUACAAAGCUUCAAACUUAUGAACCUUUAAACAGUAUAUAUAAAGGUAAAGCAACAUCAGUAAAAAAUGAAACGGCCCUUAUAUUCAGUACAGAUAUACUAUUGAAAGAGUUGGCUGCAUCCACCGAAAUGUAUCUUGAUGGGACAUUUUCUAUUGUUCCAAAAGUUCCAAAAAUAGCGCAGCUUUUUACAAUACAUAUACGUUACUUUCAAACAGCAAUUGCAACAGUUUUUAUAUUAUGCGAAACACGAAGUAAAUCUAUUUAUGAUGCUAUAUGGACAAAAAUAAAGGAAUUAAUUCUCGAUCUCGAAAGAAACAUUAAAUUCAUAAUGUUAGAUUAUAAACGUGCAGCAGGAAUAUCAGUUAGUGAAAAUUUUCCAUCUGCUGCAGUACAUGGAUGCUGGUUCCAUUAUAAUCAGGCAAUUUUUCGAAAAUGGAAAUGUUUAAAUUUGUUACAUGCACCUCAUGAUGUUUUGUUUAUGACAAUGACGUUACCUCUGGCUCCACCCGAAUAUUUCUCAAAAGCUUACAAAAUAAUAGAAAAGCAAGCAGAUACAAUGGAAGAGUAUCCAGAUAUAUAUUUAUUUCUGGCAUAUCUACGUCGCAAUUGGCUUCAAGCCGCAUCGAAAGUUAGCGUUUAUAAAUGUCUUAUGAGGACUAAUAAUAUAGUUGAAUCUUUCCAUAACGUAGCAGCAAAAAAAUUUGGUUCGAAACAUCCAAAUUUAUGGUUGUUUUUAGAAAAGUUAUCCGACAUUCUUACUGAUCAAGAACUUGAUCUUGAAAGAGCUAAGAAUGGUUUACGUGUUAGACGAAUACGUUCACGUUCAGAAAAACAAAACAAUUUACGUAUAGUAAAACUUCAGGCAGAUCUUGUUACUAACAGGAUAUCCUUAGAACAAUUUUUAAAAAUGUUUUACAAUCAACAUCGAGACCGACAAUACAGCAUGCAGCAAUUAAUACAUGAAGAUGCCAAUAACGACGAUGAUGUACAUCUAGAAUGUUUCUCUGAAAUACAGAAUGAAAGAGAAAAUACAGUUGUUGACCAAACCUCAUCUAAACAAGUGAAUGUAUCACACUACUAUUCCGGUCGUGGCCGCAGGCGUAGACGAACAAACACCUUUAUUCCUCCUGAAAGACCUGUUCAUAUUUCUCCAGAAAAUAAUUCAGAAAGAAGGCAUUCUUCAGGAGAAGAGGACAUACCGCUUGUUACUCUUCUUCAAAGAUCUGUUCAUAUUUCUCAGGAAAAUAAUCCAGAAAGAAGAAAUUCUUCAGGAGAAGAGGAUAUGCCGCCUGUUAAUCUUCCUCAAAGAUCUAUUCAUAUUUCUCAGGAAAAUAAUCCAGAAGGAAGGCAUUCUUCAGGAGAAGAGGACAUGCCGCCUGUUACUCUUCCUCAAAGAUCUAUUCAUAUUUCUCAGGAAAAUAAUCCAGAAAGAAGGCAUUCUUCAGAAGAAGAGAACAUACCGCCUAUUAUUUCUCCUCAAAGAUUGAUUAAUGUUUCCCCAGAAGUUUCACAAGAUAUAAUUCUUAUAGGUUCAAGUGAUGAAGACAUUUAUGGUAUCCCUUCAGACGAUUAUGGCGAUAUAUUUUCGGAUGAAAGUAAUGAAAAUAUAAAUAUUCCGUAUCAUCCAGUGCAACAAUUCAAUGACAUACGUACACCUGAUUGCUGUUGUAUUUGUUUAGUUGAAAAAGCAGAUCAUAUAUUUGUCUCGUGUGGCCAUUUAUGUUGUUGUUCAGAUUGUAUCUUGAAGUUGCAAUCUAAAAAAUGUCCUAUUUGCAAUACAAAUUAUACGUCAUAUUUAAAAGUAAGAAUUCCAUGAAAAAAGCAAACCAAAUGAAAUAUUCAGUAUUAAUAUUAGUAAUUUUAUAAGAGCUUUCAGACAAAGAAUUUUAAAACUUAUGUUUAGUAAGAAUUUCUUUAAUUAUAAAAAUAUUUAGAAUAAUUAAAGUUAUUAACAUUAAAUAUCUUUAAAUGUUUUUAAGAAUUUAAUAAUUUUUUUUCCUAAGCGUUUACAAAAAAGCAUCUCAAAUUAUUUUAUAUUUAUCUAAGUUAUGAGAAAAAAACCAAAUUAUCUGAUAACAAAUUACCUAAAAUAACUAUAAUUAUUUGUAAAGACUAACGUCAUAAUUUUUAUUUAAAAAAAAAAACUUAUAAAUCCAAUAUUUUAUAAGUUAACUAUAUUAGAGAUUACUUAUAUAGUUUCAUAAAUAUCUUACAUUUUAAUUUAAAAAAUAGUCAAUAAUCAUAAAGUACAAAACGUUUCAAAUAAUGUUAAUUGUAUAAGCAUACAGUUUUUUUUUAAAGAGUUUACAAAUAAUCUGUAAUAGAGUUCAAGUUAGUUGUAAUGACGCAUUAUGUGAUAAUUUUCAUUUGUGAAACGUAUUUUUAAAUCUAACAUGUUAUAACAUAUUAUAUAGUCUUACACAUACCUUAUACUUUUAUCCCAAAAAGUUUAUAAAGUUAACAUAUUUACAAAAUAUAUCAAAAAAAAUUCGUUGUAUAAGUAUAAGAAACAAUGAUAUGUAUCAGAAUAUGUUAUUACUUUAAGUUUCUUUACUCAUUUUAUAAAUAAGUUUCAAAAUAAUAAAUUCAAUUUUAAAGCAAUGUAA